UGACAAUCUCUCUCUAUCUUUCUCACAAGAUCAAGAAUCAAGAUCACCACUUAACAAUACUCCAAGAUGACAUUGAGCAGAGUUCAUCAACAAGCUAUUAUUGCAUUUCCUUCAGCCAAGACUGCUACGAUGAGUUACUUGCCUGACCCUGCAGCUUCCAUCAACAACCUCCAAAUCCCAAGUGCUUCUUCAAAGUUUUCUUUUCUAUCAGGCAAAGGAAGAUCAAUGCUACGAAAGAAGAAAACCGGUAGCUUCACCAACGGAGCUAAAGACCAGGACAACUUAAGACCCAAGCUAACUGAAACAGUCAAGAGAAAGCUAUCCUUGGGAGCCAAGAUCCUUCAAAUGGGAGGCUUAGAGAAGAUCUACAAGCGACUCUUCAAGGUCUGUGAUGGAGAGAAGCUGUUCAAGGCCUACCAAUGUUACCUAUCCACAACCACAGGUCCCAUCGCGGGUCUACUCUUCAUAUCAUCAAAAAAGAUUGCAUUCUGCAGCGAGAGAUCGAUCAAGGUGGCUUCUCCUCAAGGAGACAUCUCUAGGGUUCACUACAAAGUCUCAAUACCAUUGUGCAAGAUCAAUGGUGUUAACCAGAGUCAGAACAUGAAGAAACCAUCUAAGAAGUACCUUGAAGUAGUUAGACCAUCAUUAUAGGCAAGAUCUUAGAUAGAUCUUAGGAUUAUUUGUGAUUUAAUUAAAUCAAAAAUACAUCAAAAUGUCUAAGAAGCUAUCUUAUUUAAGAUCUAAGUAUUGUGCUAAGAAGCGUACAC